UGAAGAUGUCCCUUCUCUCACAAUUGUUACAAUGUUUCUACGCCUAGGAUCUCUCCAGAAGGGCUUCAGUGGCCUGUACAACACACAUGACAAGUACAAGCAAUGGAUGAUCACGUGGGGCUGGAUGACCAAUCACGUGAUCAUAUUUGUAGACGACGAAGAGAUAUCUCAGUAUUUUAAACAAAUCCGUUGCAAGCAGCCCGCCCACAGGACUGUGAUUGUGAAAGUCAACAGGUCCCAGCUGGACGCCUUCAAGAACCUGGAGAGGAUCAAACAAAUCUACAGCAACAGCUCCUACCCCAAACAUUCACCCAACACCAUCAACGCCAACUACAGCUGCACCAUGAGUGCUAAAUAUGACGUCAUGACCAUGGCACUAGACAUGGGACUGGUCAAGACAAAAUAUCUGGCAUGGAUGGACAUUGGUCUGUUUAGAAAUCUCCUCAAGAAGAGGCUGAAACCCAAAAACAACAGCUUCACCAUGGAGGUACCUGCAGACUUCAACAGCAGUCGAGUGGGGUUUACACAGGUGUCGUCAAGACAAGCCAUGGAGAGGCUCAGCCCGUGGGAGUACAUCAGAGAUAAUCAUGUCUGGGUGGCAGGGGGUCACGUGAUGGGCACUCACGAGGUAAUCCGCACGUUCAUCACGUCGUACAAAUAUGUAUCCCAGGAGCUGAUCAAGGCCGGCAUGUCCAGCACUGACCAGCAGGUGAUUGGAGCCAUGUACUCACCUCAGUUCCGACACCUGCAGAAGGUGGACAUACAGGGGUACUCGUGUGUGGACGGACAGUUUGGUCUUGAUGGUUCAGACGCUGAUUAUUUCUGCUUGAGUUAUGCAUGCAAGGAGGCUGGACCAGCUAAAUAUAGAACGUCUAUCUUGUAAAAAAUUAAGAUAGUCAAAAGUUGACCUGUGCC